AUGCCAGCGUCUUGGACAGAAAAUGAAUUGGCCGGGAAAGAUUGGUUUUGCUCAUUCCUCAAAAGAAACAACUCAUUGUCGAUACGCACUCCAGAAGCAACUAGUCUUGCUCGAGUUUCAAGUUUCACUCCUACAAACGUUGCUCGAUUUUUCAACAACUUAAUAACAGUCUUGAAACGAUUCAAUAUUCAAGCAAGCGACAUAUGGAACAUAGAUGAAACAGAAGUUACUACAGUCCAAAGACCAAACCGCAUUGUUGCUCGAAAAGGAUUCAAACAAAUCGGCAGAAUCACAUCAGCUAAAAGAGGAACUUUGGUUACGGUUGCUGCCACAGUGUCGGCAUCGGGAAAUACAAUUCCCCCAUAUUUCGUUUUUCCUCGUGUGCAUUUCCACGACCAUUUCAUUCGCGAUGCUCCCACGGGCAGCGCUGGAUCGGCGAAUCGGAGUGGUUGGAUGACUGAAGAUAUUUUUGUGGAGUAUGCAAAUCAUUUUAUUCGCCAUGUCAAGUCAUCUCGCGAAAGAAACGUCCUUCUGUUGCUCGAUAAUCACGAGUCGCAUUUGUCUAUUGAAGCGCUGGAUUUAUUCAAAAAUAAUGGCGUCGUUGUCUUGAGCUUUCCAUCUCAUUGCAAUCAUAAACUGCAAUCACUGGAUCGGUCUGUUUAUGGACCUUUCAAAACUUACGUCAAUACAUUCAUGGACGCAUGGAUAACUAAUAACCCAGGGAAGAGCAUGACGAUUUACGAUCUUCGUAGCAUUGUUGCUUCAGCAUUAUCACUUGUAUGCACGCCGCAAAACAUCCAAUCUGGAUUUCGAGUUUCAGGCGUGUGGCCUUUUAAUCCUGAAAUUUUCCGUCCUGAAGAAUACCUUGCUGGAUUCUCAACCUAUCGUCCAAAUCCGAAUGCUGAGGCAGAUCCCGUUCCGACUUCAUCGGAACGUUCUCAACAAAUCAUCGCUUUGGAAGAAAUCCGACCAUUUCAAAAAACCGAUUCUCGCACAUCAGAUGUGAAACAGCGCAAAGGCAGAAAGCGGAGAUCGACAGAAAUUUUGACCGACUCGCCAGUUAAGAAAGCUCUGGAAGAAGAAAAGGAAACCUCGCGAAAAAAACGAGCGAAAAACGCAUCCAAGCAAACUGAAGCAGCGGCAAAAGAAGCGAAGAAGGCUCCUAAAAAACAAGCAGCAAUUCCUGUACAUAAAUCAACGAGAAACAUAAAAAAACAAAUACAAUGA